AAUCAAACACCCCCGUGUGACUGCAGUUGGCAGGAGGAGCGUGUGUUCUGCUGCUCCUCAGAGCCCGGCCUCGAAUGGGCACUGAGUGGUUGUUCCAUUCCUUCUGCUUGUUUUGGGGAGACCAGUCAGCUGUGUCUUGGGAAGCAAUGGCCACAGCAGCUCUUCUGAACCCAGUACAACUUUGCUGCUACUUCCCUUCAAGCACGGCGCUCUCUGUCUUUCAGCCAAACGCCAUCACCAUGCACAUGACCCGGCCAAAAUCUGCCAAGGGUCGCACGAGGUCAACCUUCAAUUACUCUGGGACCACAGACACCUUUCCUUGUGCAGUGCCAUCAUCGCCAGCAGCUCCACAUGACUUACAGAGCAGCCGGAGGGCAUCAUCUGUGAAAGCAGUGUUCCCCUCCGGCCAGAUCUCCCCAGAGGAGAUCCCUGAGCUCCUGCAGCAGGUGCCGUUGCGGAGCUCGUCCUCCCUGAACAAAUACAGAGUGCUCCCCUCCAUUGGCCGAAAGGGAGUGGAGGGUGCAGCGGAGCAGAGCGGCCGUCUGGAUGCGAGCUGGGGACAGAAGGGUGCUCCAAAAACUGCGGUUCCUUCUGGAGAGCAAAGAUCUGCCUGCAGGUCACCAGAAAGCCAUGUCCCUAAUGAAGAAGCCUGGUGUGCUCCUGAGAAGCCAGGAAGGAAAAUGAGGCAAGAGAGCUCUUUGUUAUCAACUCUGAGUUUGGAAGCACCGCUGCAGAAAGAGUCACGAUUGCUGCUUGCUAUUCGGUCUCCCUCCGGUCAACGGUUUGAACAUCACUUCAAGCCCACAGACAGUCUCCAGACAGUCCUUGCUAUAGCAGAACACCAAACAGCUGCCAAAUAUGAACGCUGCAGCAUUGAAACCACGGAGGUGCCCAGACGGAGCUUCCAUGACCUCAGCAGGUCCUUGCAGGAGUGUGGGAUCUCCCACAAGUCUGUGCUGUGCAUCCGGCAGGCCGAGCAGCAGGACGCCGACCUGUAAGCUGAGCCGAGCACUGGAGCAGCCUGGUCCUCUUCAUCUUUCUACAAGUUCCCUUGAAGCAGACUCGUGGUUACCAAAAGCACGUGUUGAAGUGCUGCUUCAAGUGUACCCACCUAGGCUGACUGCAGGGACAGUGUCUUUUAUCCACAAGUUCCUUCCUGAGUGCCACCAACUUUGGUUUUGAAAUUAAGGAUUUCCUUCUUAGAUGUUUGUUCUGUCCUUAGAGCAGGAACCUUCUUCUGCGUCCUCUUCUCUGAAGGUGCCACUUCCCAGAGGGGAUCAAGCAUUUGGGAAGACAGCAGAACUGUUUUACUCUGUGAAACUCAGCUGGAUUGUGGUUGUAUUGGUGAGCAGUGGGAUUUUCUCCUCAGUUUUUCUUGUUUGACGACUGGUAGAUCAGAGGAGCUGGACAGUCAAGGUGGGAUGCUGCAAAAUACUUCAUUUAAUGCUUUUAUGCUGAAAUGAAUUAGUCUUCAGGCCAAGUGCUGCAGUGGGAGGUUUGGUUGUUUCUUUUGCUUACAAUUCUGUAUUAAUUGGCUCUGGGAGAGGAAUUGGCUCAUCCAGCACUUUUGUUUUACUGAACCAAUAUGGCUCUUGCAAAGUUGUUUUGUCAAAAGUCGCGAGUAGGGCAACUUAGUAUGUCUGUGCUAAAAAAAAUGGACAGCUUGCCACACAGCUGAGCUCAUUUUAUAACAUCGUGAGGAAAACCCAGGCUUUCAGCUCAGCAGAAUUGCCAGAGCAGCUCACAAGAGCGAUAACAGUAGAAAAUUCAUUCCAGUAUUGACCAAGAAUGUUGAAUCUCAUUCCAAAGUCAGUGCUCGAGGGUCCUGGUCUCUGCUGCAGCAGUUGGUGAGCAAGCUGUAGGUAUGCCAGCAUCUUCAGGGAGAGCACGAGACCUGGGAUGCUUUCAUCAGACCUUUCACAGCCGCUCUGUUGUGAUAUUUGCAGCAGCCUUGAGAACGUGGGCAGCUCAGGACCACGGAUGUGGGUGGUAGAAGAAGAGCACAGCAGCGUUAGCAGGCAGGGACUGGUGCCUGCUGCGUGUGUGUGAUGUCACUGCUGCUGUCAGAGUAUUUUCAUACAGUGUGAUGGUAAA